AUGGACAGAAAAGAAACGGUGUUAGUGACCGGUGGCUCGGGCUUCUACGGUCAGCACUUGAUCCGGCUCCUCCAGGAGCGCGACCCCAAGGUUGGCGAAAUACGAGUGGUCGACCUUAACCCCUACCAGAAUCGCAUAGGUCACCUCGGGAGCAAGAAAGUGGUCUCGAUCGUUGGCGACAUCUGCGACCCGAAGGCGGCCGCGAUCGAGCGCGCCUUCGAGGGCGUCGACUGCGUGUUCCAUCUGGCUGCGUACGUGAACUUCGACUUCCCACCGCACUACGGUGAGCUGCAGCGGGUGAAUGUUGAUGGUACGGCCCGGAUCGUCGAGCUGUGCCGCCGGUACAGCGUCCCGCGGCUCGUGUUCGCCAGCGACUGCCUCAUCCACAUGACCCCGUACCUCGGGAAGGCCAACUUCACGAUCGUCUGCAAUCAGACCGAGCCCAAGACGAAGGUGCCGGCGAAGGAGAGCGAUUUCCAGGUGCCGGGUUACGCGUCGUCCAAGUGGAGGGCGGAGUGUCUGGUGCUGGCCGCCAACGACACCGAGCUGGCGAACGGUGGGAAACUGAAAACGAUCGCCAUCCGGCCACCGGUCAUGUUCGGUGAGUGUGACGAGCGCUUCAUACCGACCAUCGUCAAGGUGGCGGUCAAGUUUAAUGGCGCCAUCCCCAAGAUAGCGGGCCCGGGCGGCAAGCAGCAGAUCGUGUACGCCGGCAACGCGGCCUGGUGUUUGGUGUGCGCCAAGGAGGGGCUCGCUAACAACGCGGAAAAAAUCGCCGGCUACGCGGUGUUCGCGACGGACGAGUCGGGCAUCGAGGACACGACCCGCUUCUGCCAGCGGAUCUCGCGCGCCAACGAAACGCUCAAGAUGCGCCCGUCCAGCUACCAGAUCCCGCUGUUCAUCACCUUCUUCCUGGCGUUCCUGCUCGAGCUGCUGGUGAAGGCGCUCCACCCGUUCACGAACAUCCGGCUGCGGUAUCCACCAUGCGCACUGCUUUCGUACAUGGCCUCGAUCCUGCUGUUCAAUCGAAUCCGCGCGUCCAUCUACCUCGACUACGAUCCAAUCUACAGCGAGGAGAAGGCCGUCUCCAACAGUGCGCUCUGGUACGAGCGGUGGUACCAGAACUACCUCCGGUCCCUGCCGGACCGUGAUCUGAAGCGAAAGGGGAACUAA